AUGAGGCACGAAAUCCCCAGAUUCAGUGCCAAUUGCCAUUUAGCUAAUAAGCCAGUGGAGAUUGAGUUUCCACAAGCGGUACUUCCUGAUACUUUAUUUGAAGCAGUUGUUCGAAUUCCUUAUGAUAUGCAACUGAAACAGUAUCUUCGAGCACCGUCUCCUCGGGAAUCAUAUCUCCGGAAGCCUGAUCUCGGCCGCCCACCAACGGCGUCUCGAAGGACGAGGAAGAAGCAGAGAAAGAUGAAGAAAAAGCCGUACCUCGCCAAAGAGAAAAAGCUCCUACCAGGCCGAGAAAAUUACAGCCUGGUGGAAGACUUGGUGGGCGUAGGCCUUGCCUACACAGCUACUUUGAGUCCACUUCUUGGAACAUUGUGCCGUACAGGUUAUGGUAGUGCCGCUUUAUCCCAUGGAAAGCGAAAAGGAUGA